GUAACUUCUAUCUGAGACAUGACAGGGCGAGAUCACAGCCCCCAUGUUUAUGUAUGCUUAUAACAUAGCGUAGAACAUUGUUUGAACAGAAUCGUGACUGACAAUAGCAAAACGGGAGAAGAGUGAAACACAUUGUGCUUGACUGGAAACCAUUGCAGUGAAGCGGGUGGUCUACGAAAUAUGACAACAGCAGGGAAAGGUUUGGUGGAGAGACUACAAGAUGGCGAAAACGUCAUCUGUGCGGAGGGAUACAUGUGGGAGCUGGAGAGAAGAGGUUUCCUCAGAUCCGGGGCCUUCACACCGGAAGUAGUUAUAGAUCAUCCAGAAAGAGUCCGAAAUCUCCAUGAAGAAUUCGUCCAUGCCGGAAGUGACGUUGUGGAGGCCUUCACGUACUACGGCCACCGAGCAAAGAUGCGAAUGAUUGGAAGGGAAGAUGAACUGGAAACUUUAAAUCUCGCAGCACUUAAGAUCGCGCGAGAUGUUGCUGACAGAACGGGGACUCUGAUGGCAGGGAAUCUUUCCAACACAACAACCUAUGACCCAGGGAAUCCUGAAUCUAUUGAGGAAGUCAAGUCUAUAUUUAAAGAACAAGUGGAGUGGGCCGUGAAGGGGAGGGCGGACUACUUUAUUGCGGAGACAUUCGACUCGUGUAGUGAGGCCAGCCUCGCUCUGGAGGCCAUCCGGAAGUAUGGAAAAGGUCUUCCUGCUGUGAUCACAAUGGCGGCGUAUGUGCCGGACAGAACCACAGACGACGUCCCCUUCCCCCAGGCAUUGAGGAGGCUAGAAGAGGAGGGGGCGGCGGUCGUGGGGCUGAACUGUGCUCGAGGUCCGGCCACCAUGUUGCCACUACUGAGGCAGAUCCGACAGACCUGUAAGGGCCCUAUAGCUGCACUACCUGUCACCUUCCGCACCACGCCCCAACAGAAGUGCUUCCAGUGCCUCACAGACCCAGUGACAGGAGCCAAGUCGUACCCGACAGAGUUAGCUCCCCUGCAGUGCACCCGGGCAGAGAUCCGCCAGUUUGCUACAGAAGCGCGGGAGUUGGGCGUACAGUACAUAGGUCUGUGCUGUGGCAGCGCCACCUACUAUCUGAGGGAGGUCGCCAUUGCUUACGGCCGCGAUCCACCAGCAGCUAAAUUUAAGCCAGAACUUUCUAUGAGUAUAGUAACAGGAGGCGGUAGAGGAGAAAGAGUGAAGAAAACACGAGCCUUCAUGGUUGGGGAUAUUCAAUGAAGCAAAGUCUCAUCGAACCGGAAGCGCUAGUUCGUAAACAUUAGUUCGUCAUUAGAAGCAAACCCCUAAUAAAG